GCCUGAACUUCAUUUUUGUCAACUCUCUCUCAACUCACGCAUCAGACAUCUCAACGUCGGGGUUUCUAUCUCUCUCGUCGCUCUCCCUCAGGCUCAGCCCGCUCUUCGUCACCGGCCUCAAUUUAAGUCAGCUCUCAGUCUCUCUCAGUCUUCUUCUUUCCUCUUCCCAUUCGCUCUCUUUCUUCAUUGUGACCAAGAACCCUUAGUUUAUCUUCAAAUUGAUUUUUAUUUUGAGUCUUCAAUUUUUUUUUUUUCAAAUCUUCAAAUUGAUUUUUUUUGCCGANUUUUUUUUUUUGAGUCUUGUGCCUAUCUAGAGUUCACGAGCAUCAGCAUCCGCCUUCUACAACUAGACUCAGCCUUCAAAUUGAUUUUUUCUUUUUUGAUUUUUUAGUUUUUUGCGGUUUAAUCGAAACUGCACAGAAUCAAACCGAAAAUUUCGAUGCGGUUUUAGUUCAGUUUUUCCUCCAAACUCGGUGCGGUUCGAUUUGAAAAAAUUAUAUUUUCGGUCUUCAUUUUUUUUUCCGGUUCGGUGCGGUUCGAUGAAGAACCGAACCGCGCCGAUGCUCACCCUAGUAAGAUCUAAUGACCUCUAAUUAUUUUAUUAAAUUAUCUUCAUUCAAGCAGAAAAAGUGCUACGUGGUGGGUAGCCCACCAACCUUGGACUGAUACUCGAUUUAAUUUUAUUUUAUAUUUUGUUUUCUUUAAAUCAAAUACAAUAUACUAAAAUUAAAUGCAGAAUCGUAAUAAAAUUCUUUCUAACCCACAUCCUUCAUCAGUUCAUCUGUUCACAAUUGGGUCAAUUACUUCUAAUCAUUAUAUCAGAUUCAUAUAAUCUUUCUUUUUUUCUGGGUUGGGUCUCUUUGUCAACGCCAUUUGUGUGUGUAGAAUCUGUUUUUUUGUUUUUUUUCAGCUUCAUUUACCUUCAAACCAUUUAUACAGCCAAAUUCUUCAAGCAAAAGGGUACCUUUUUUUAACCCAGAAAAUUAUCCUUUGUUGCUGGUGACAAAAUUCAGAUCUUGUUAAAGGUUGCUUUUUUGCCCAUUUGGAUCUUUCUUUGUUAAGCUGAAUCUAUCUCUCUCUCACUCACACACACACACACACACUCAGAGGUAAUUUUGAUUCUUGAAUAUAAUCUGUGUUGGAUCUUUUUUACAAUCUUACACAGGGUUUUUGAUGCCCCUUUAUUUAUCCCAACUUGCUGUUGAAAUAUUUAAGUGGUUAAUGAUUAUUGUGAUCCAUAAAAAACUUAUGAUUUGUAGGGUGCCUUUAAAAAAAAAAAUCAUGUAUAUAUAGCUCUGAAACAAGUCAUUAACAUGCUUGAGGACAUGCUUCAAUUGGGAUUCAAUACUGUACAAUUAACAAUUUUGAUCCCUUUUAAUGUUCUUUUUAGCUUUUACAAUUUGAUGGUUUUGCAGAGGAUUUAAUUAAAUAAAUUAGGUCACACGACAUGGGAGGUGUAGUUGCUAAGGAAGGAUCUCACACGAAUUUGGAGCCUAAAACGAAGCUCGAGGCCAAAGUAAUCGAGGCUCUGCGAAAGCGGGAAGCAAAGGGGAGUUCUAUCAUAUCCUUCAACAGCAUUAUUCUAAAGUUUCCCAAGAUUGAUGAAAGCUUUCAAAAAUGCAAGACAACAUUCGAAGAAUUCGAUGAAGAUAGUAAUGGCGCAAUAGAUCCUCAAGAGCUAAAAAGCUGCUUUCGGAAGCUUGAGCUUACUUUCACCGAUGAGGAAAUAAACGACUUAUUUGAGGCUUGCGAUAUAAAUGAAGACAUGAGAAUCAAUUUCAAUGAAUUUAUUGUCCUUCUUUGCCUUGUUUAUCUUCUCAAGGAAGAUCAAACCAGUGAGCAAGCUAUAGGAAUGUCGAGCCUAAGGGCCACAUUUGAAACUAUAGUCGACACGUUUGUUUUCUUGGAUAAAAACGGGGAUGGAUGUGUUAGCAGAGAUGAAAUGAUUGAUGCCAUUAACGAGACCACUUUGGGAGAGAGAUCUUCCGGGAGAAUAGCCAUGAAAAGAUUUGAGGAGAUGGAUUGGGACAAAAAUGGAAUGGUGAACUUUAAGGAGUUUCUAUUUGCAUUCACACGUUGGGUCGGGAUUGAAGAUGUCGACGAAAAUGAUGAUGAUGAUGAUGAAGGGUCGAAAAAUAUUCGAUGUGAAAGCUCGCAAUAAAUAGUUGUAUUUUAUGUGAUUUUUGUGACUUUUGCUGUCAGUUGAAGGCCUUUGUGAGGUGUUGUGUUCCUGUUAUUGAUGAGCCUCUG